UCCUACACCCGCGGAUAAAACGCCCGCACGCGCAACGCCACCGCGAGAGAGCCUGAGACCAUCAGCCGGUCGCCAACUUUUGCCUUUCCUCGCCCAUCAUCACCACCUCCGUCGCCCCUCCCUCGCCUUUCCAUUCCCUUCGCCGCCGCUAGCCUUUUCGCUUCCAAGCUUCCAUUCCGUCCAUCAUCAGAUGGGCCACCUUCUCCUGCUCCUCCUGGCCCUCCUCCUCGCUUCCACCCGCGCCGCCGCCUUCCACGCCAGCGCCGCCGCCUUCGCCGAGGACAAGGGCAUUGCCGGGAUCAGGGGCGUGAUAGGGUCGAGGCCGCCGAGCUGCGCGGGGAGGUGCAGGUCCUGCGGGCACUGCGAGGCCGUCCAGGUGCCCAUUUCUCCACAGGAGCUGCAGAAGAGGAAAAAGAAGAAGGAGCUUGGGCGCCAUGGCAGCCGGGCUGCUGAAGCCGGUGGUGGUGGUAGGAGAGCAAUGCCGUCCUCCUACGACGACCACUCCAACUACAAGCCGUUGAGCUGGAGGUGCAAGUGCGGGCGCUUGAUACUGACCCCAUGAACUGCAUGAUAUAGUAUAUAUAGUGAUCUUUUGGGGUUUUCUUGGUGGGUCUUGUUUGACUUUCUUGUGCCACUGGGGGUGGUCGUCGGUCCUUUUGUCUGUCUGGUUGGUUCAUGUUGACCGUGGAUGAUGAAAUCUUGAGGAACUCGGCGUCAUUGGUUCUUGUCCCGUUCUUGUUUCAAGAUAUACGUAGAGGACUAAUCAGUCCCUAAUACUACCAGCUACUCCUAGUAGUUAAUUAGUUUUUUGUAAAGGUUCCCGACGAGUUUGCCGUGUUGAUCAUGCAAAUCAGACGUCAGGGAACUGGCCGGUUUGCCUAUUUUGCUGUAAGCUUUGCCAUGCUCUCAUUCUAGCUGGGGUUUACGUGCUGUAGUAAUUUGUUUCUGGGUUUAGCUUACUACCGUCUUUGGGACUUUGAUACGACUCUGUAUACCGGACAAGACAUGUCUUAGUACUGCUAUAGUAGUAUCAUCCUACCCAAUGGAUCCCUUGUUUCUCGGUGGAGUGAAUUCUUUGAUCUAGAUCCUACCUACGUACAAUCCCGCUAUAGGCCUUGGAAACGGCUGAAAGUAGGGGAGGCAUUUAUUUAGUU